AGCCGCGGCCCCUGCGGCGGGCGCUAGGACCUGCGCGUCUCCCUCCCUUGGCCCCGCCCACCGCGCGGUCACGUGCGGCCCAUCAUGGCGGCCUCCAUGGUGCGAACGCAACGGCUGCUGCGGGGAGCGCUGCGGGGCCUGAGCAGCAGCACCGAGGGCGCCACCGUGAACGUCGUCUUCGUUGACCGGACGGGGCGGGAGGUGCCCGUGCGGGGCCGCGUCGGGGACAACGUCCUGCACGUGGCGCAGCGGAACGGGCUGGAGCUGGAGGGCGCCUGCGAGGCCUCCCUCGCCUGCUCCACGUGUCAUGUCUACGUCAGCGCCCCCCACUUUGACCGGAUCCCUGCCCCCGAUGAGCGGGAAGAGGACCUCCUGGAUCAGGCCCCGCUCCUGCAGGAGAAUUCCCGUCUGGGCUGUCAGAUCCUCCUAUCCCCAGCGCUGGAAGGGGCUCGCUUCGUGCUCCCCCGCCUCACCCGCAACUUCUACGUGGAUGGACACGUCCCUAAACCCCACUGAUAAUGGGGGGGGGGUACCCCAUAACCCCCCCUAUGGAUGGACACCCCCCCCCAGUGGAUGAACUAAGCUGGAUAUGGCCCCAUUGGGAUGCUGGAGAUGGUGACUGUGACGGGGGGGACCAACAGAGCCGUUGGGGGGGGGGUCCCCCCGUGCCCCCCCCCCCUUUCUUUGGGAUCAUGGAUAAUAAAUCCCAUUGGAGCCAUG